AUGGCCAAACGCCCUAACUUCCUCGUUAUCGUGGCCGAUGACCUCGGGUUCUCCGAUGUGGGCUGCUUCGGCGGCGAAAUCCGCACGCCCAACAUUGACAACAUCGCCAAGGAGGGCUUGAGAUUCACAGACUUCCACGCGGCGGCAGCAUGCUCGCCCACCCGCGCCAUGAUCAUGACCGGCACGGACCACCACAUCGCCGGCCUGGGUAAUCUGAUCGAAUGGACCAACAUCUCUGGCCAGAACGGACCCAAGGGCUCUGCCAUGAGCACAGCUCCCCAGCGCGGUAUGCCAGGUUACGAGGGAUACCUGAACGAGCGCGUGGUCGCCCUGCCCGAGGUGCUGCGCGAUGCUGGCUACCACACCGUGAUGUCCGGCAAAUGGCACUUGGGGUUGACGCCGGAACGAUCGCCUCACAAGCGUGGCUUUGAGCGCUCGUUUGCCCACUUGCCCGCCUGCUCCAAUCACUACGCCUACGAGCCCGAGCUGCGUGACAAGGACCAGAUCCCCACCUUCAUUGAGGCUUCUUACAUUGCUCUACACAUGGAAGAUGGCGAGUAUGUGCGCAAGCUCCCCGAGGGCUGGUACUCGUCUGAUGGAUAUGGUGAUAAGAUGAUCGAUUAUCUGAAGGAGUGGAAGGAGAGCGGCGGUAGUGAUGGUCCUGAUGGUAAAGGAGACCGCCCCUUCUUUGGGUAUCUACCCUUCACUGCCCCUCACUGGCCUCUCCAGGCUCCGCGGGAGUACAUUGACCACUAUCGUGGCGUCUAUGAUGAGGGCCCCGAUGUCCUGCGCCAGAAGCGUCUGCAGCGCCUGAAGGAGCUGGGCAUGAUCAGCGAGGAUGUUGAGCCCCACGAUGUGAACGCCGAGGAAGUGAAGCCGUGGGAUGAAUUCACCCCCGAGGAGAAGAAGAAGUCUUCUACCGCUAUGGAGGUCUUCGCCGGCAUGGUCGAGUGCAUUGACUACAACGUCGGCAAAGUGGUCGAGUACCUGCGAUCGAUCGACGAGCUGGACAACACAUUCGUCUGCUUCAUGUCCGACAACGGUGCCGAGGGCGCCGCCUACGAGGCAUAUCCCAUGGUGCAGAACGGUGUAAUGCCCCACCUGCAGAAGUACUACGACAAUAGCUUGGAGAAUCUGGGCGCCGGAAACUCAUUCAUUUGGUACGGUCCGCGCUGGGCGCAGGCCGCUACCGCUCCCUCCCGUCUAUACAAGGCCUACACCACCGAAGGCGGCGUCCGAGUCCCCUUCACCUGCCGCUUCCCCAAGAACAUGAACCUGAAGCCCGGCGACGCAACCGCCGCAGCUGGUGGGAUCACCGACCAAUUCGCCACCGUCAUGGAUCUGGCUCCUUCCAUUCUGGACAUGGCCGGCGUCAAACACCCCGCACCCAGCUACCAGGGCCGUGAAAUCGUCUCCAUGCGCGGUGUCAGCUUCCAACCCUGGGCCACCGGCGAGGCCGAGCGCAUUCAUCCGAAAGACUUCAUCCAAGGCUGGGAAACCUGCGGCCGUGCGGCCCUGCGAUGCGGCGACUGGAAGAUCGUCUUCAUCCCCAAGCCCAAGGGCCCCGAGAAGUGGCAGCUUUACAACUUGGUCAAGGAUCCCGGCGAGGUACACGAUCUGGCCGAUGCCCACCCGGACCAUCUCAAGCGCCUGCUCAAGCUCUGGGAUCAGUAUGUUCUCGAGACCGGCGUUAUUCCUCUAUGCCCCGAUCUUGGUGAUUUCUUGGAAGCUACCGAGGCGCAGAUGCCCGAGAAUGCUUGGAUGGAGUUUGAUUACUGGAAGGAUGGUGCUCGUGAUGUGCCUGAGAAAUUCACGCGCCAACCGCCGCGCUUCCAGCGUACUGAGAGGCCGUUUUAG